AAUAAUAACCAGACCAGAGUCUUUCCUCCCACGCUCCUCCCAAGUUUCCUUGUAAUUACUAGUCAGCAGGAAUCUCUUCACGCGUUUCCACUCUUCUCCUCCUAACUUUCGGUUCCCAUCUCUCUCUCUCUCUCUCUCUCUUUCUUUCGCUCACUCGCUCGCUCGACCGAUCGACUUCACUUCGACAAUGGAAGAUCGGAACAAACCUGCAACAGGCUACCCAACAGGGUACAACCAGGCGCAACCCAGCUACGACCCCAAUGGCUACCCCCCGGCGCAGUCUAGCUACUCCGCCACAACCACUGCCACCGGCACUGGCUACCCAUAUGCCGCGCCACCGCCCGCAGUCUACUACAACCCCAACCCUUACUCUACACCCUUCUACGACCAGCGGCGCACUGCCUUCCUCCGCCGUCUCAUCUCCCUAAUGGUCGUCGUAUUCCUCAUCAUGGCUGGCAUUACUUUUAUCAUGUGGCUCAUUAUCCGUCCCCAUCUACCCGAGUUCCGGCUCAACUCUGCCUCUGUUUCCUCCUUCAAUGUCAACGCUACUCAAGUCACAGGCGACUGGAACCUCGACUUCACCGUUAGGAAUCCUAAUAAGAAGAUGAGCGUUUACUAUGACCACAUCGAAUCAACAUUUUAUUACCGUGGGGCGCAAUUAUCCGAUACGUUUGUUGCGCCUUUCUCCCAGGGUAAGAAGAACGAGACCACGAUGCAGGUGAAGUUUGCGGCCGCGUCCCAGUAUGUACCCGAAUCCUCUGCCAAAGCCUUGGCUUCUGAUCGGUCGAGCGGGGAGGUGGGUUUCAAUGUCAGAAUUUGGGCUUGGGUUUGGUUUAAGUGCGGGGGCUGGCGGACGAGAAUGCAUUAUCUAAGAGUCUUCUGUGACAACGUGAAGAUCGGAUUUUCGUCCAACAGAGGGGUUGGGGUUUUGUCUGGUGGACCAACGAACUGCAAGGUUUAUCUGUGAGUAACAUGGGUUUUCCUCUUUCUUGAUCUUCUUCUGAUCUUCUCCACACUCAAUUCAUUCUUGGAGAUGUUCUAAAUAUCUAAUUGGUUGUGGGUGGAUCGAUGGUAGCGCUGUAAUUUCCUGAUAAGUGAUGUGAUAUUUUUUCUUUUCUUUUCCCAGCCAAAUUUGUGGCUACAUGAUGAUAUGCAUGAUUUUAGGGUUAUAUGGAUUUAAUAUCUAAUGAAUGUCUGUAUAUGUUCUGUGGCAUACUAUAAUGUGUUCUUGGUCUCUCUUUUCUUUAAAAGGGUCUCUAAAGGUUAGCUUA